AUGCCGUUCACCCUUACUGGCAUCUCGCACUCAGUCUGCACACUUCGCCCGCUUCUUGUCCUUGCUGAGAAGGGAGUGAGUGACUUUACACUGCAUGCUUCAAACAUUGCCGCUGGAGAACACAAGACCGAGUCGCAUCUCAAAAAACAUCCCUUCGGCAAGAUUCCGAUCCUCGAGGACAACAACUUCGUUCUCUUUGCUAGCGAGUACGCCGAGCAGGGCACCGCUCUUCUACCCUCCUUCGACAACAAGAAAGCCUGGGCCCACUUUGAGCAAUGGGCGUCUGUGGAACAAAACAACUUCGACCCAUUCGUCCAGGAGAUAUUUUACCAGAAAAUGGUGCGACCUAUGUUCGGUCAGCCCACUGAAGAGUCCGUUCUCGAGAAAGCGAAGAAUGCUCUUUCCGAGAACCUUGACGUGUUCAACGAUAUCCUUGCAAAGCAAGACUACAUGGGUGGCGAUGCAUUCUCUUUGAUUGAUAUAUUUUAUAUGCCACUCGUCGGAAAGCUCUUCGAGGUUCAAGAGGGUGAUAUGUUUGGAACCCGCCACAAUGUACAAGCUUGGUGGGAACGCGUCUCCGCACGGGAUUCUUGGAAGAAACUGGUUGCUUGA